UUUAACUCAUAAGAACGCUGAAUACCGCCACAGCCCCGCAUAUGACCGACUCAGAGGCCUAACUAAUUCCAGACGAUUGCAGGGGGAUAUCCCCGAACCCAUACCUGCUAGUUUAGGACACACUAACACGCAACCAACACAUAAUGCCACUAAUCAGAUGAUGGCGCACCCACACCGGUACAAG